UCCUGGUUUGGUCCUGUUGGUUGGCUCCCACUUGGACAGAGCAGGAGGCCAGUAGACCCAGCAGGAGGACGGGAAAGAGACCUGGAUCUCCAGUCCAGAUACAAAGCCUCAUAUCUGAGUGUGAUCCUCCUAAUAGUUUACACCGGCAUGGCGUGUUGCCGUUCCUGCCCACGCCUGUGCACGCGCUCAUCGGCCUACACCCUGGCCCUGGGCUUAAGUUUUAUCACACUCGGCACAAGUCGCAUCCUGCUGCUUAAAUUUGCUGCUAAUGCAGACAACACAUAUGACUUCCUCCCAGCGUCUGUCAACAUGCUGGCCGAGGCGCUCAAGCUGCUCUUCUGCCUCAUGAUGUCCAUCAGGGUGUUCAUUCGAGAGGGGCGCUCCUGUAGGGAUCUGCGCUGCUCUUCUGCCUCUUCACUCAUCAGCUAUUUGAAAUGGGCUGUCCCCGCGUUCCUCUACUUUCUCGACAACCUGAUCAUUUUCUACGUGAUGACCUACCUGCAGCCUGCCAUGGCAGUCUUGUUUUCCAACUUUGUUAUUCUCACCACGGCUGUUCUCUUCAGACUUGUCCUCAAGAGACGCCUGUCGUGGGUGCAGUGGGCGGCAUUGGUCAUACUCUUCCUGUGCAUCGUCUCUCUGACGACGGGGUCGGGCGGAAGCCAGAAGUCAGGCGGGUCUGUGGCAGGGAUCCGCUUGCGGCCCCUGUCCACGCCUUCCAACUCCUGCUUGCUGUACACGCAGCUGAUGGAACAGAUGAAGAACAGCAGCGCCAAUGCAUCGUGGGUGUCGAUGCUCCCCGGGCAGGCCUGGCGGGACAGCUUGGUGGGAAAGCUUCGCUCGCUGGGCGUGGGCCACAUCCUGCUCCUGCUGCAGUGCUUCAUCUCGGCCAUGGCCAACAUUUACAAUGAGAAGAUCCUGAAGGAAGGAGACCAGCUCACUGAGAGCAUCUUCAUUCAGAACAGUAAACUGUAUGCCUUCGGCGUGGUGUUUAACGGUCUGACCCUGGUUACUGGACAAGAGUCUCGGGGCCUCACUGUCCACUGUGGCCUCUUUUAUGGACACAACAUGUACUCUCUCGCCCUGGUGGUCAUCACUGCGACCCUGGGCCUCUCCGUGGCCUUCAUUUUGAAAUUCCGGGACAACAUGUUCCACGUGCUGACAAGCCAGCUCACCACCGUCCUGGUGACCGCCCUCUCGUUCUUCCUCUUCGACUUCCGGCCCUCUCUGGACUUUUUCCUGCAGGCUCCCGUGGUGCUGCUGGCCAUCUUUAUCUACAACGCCAGCCGACCACGGGACCUUGAGUACAGCCUGCAGCAGGAAAAGCUGCGGGUCAUCAACGGGGAGGUGUUAAAGAGGUCCAGAGGGGAUGGUGAGGAGCUGGAGCUUCUGACCAAGGCCAACACAGAGAGCGACUCUGAAGAGUCGUCUUUGUAGUGCACAUUGUUUGCAGUGUUCACGGAGGACGCACAUUGUUCACACACAUGCUGUCUGCAAAAGGUUUUGGGUUUUUUGGACCCUGGAGUGACGACUGUGACGCUGUGUCUGGAACACACGAGAGACUGAGGCGUUUGUUUUUCCUGUGGUCAAACCUCAACACGCGCUUUCUUUUUGUGUACUGCCACUGUAUUCUUUUUUUCCCUUUGGAAAUCACGAGGGUAUUUUUUGCUGCUGGAGGAAGAUUUGGAUAACUUUCAUUAGCAAGACAAUUUAUCAGGAUGUGAGGAUGCACAAUAUAUGUGGAGCUUGAAGAAUUGUUUGUCUCAUAAAUUGGACUCUUUAAAAGCACAAUGUCUGUAUGGUACUCUUUUGUGUGGGUCACAUUUUGAGUAUUUAUUAAGUGCCAUUUGUGCUCUGCAAUAAACUAAAAAUCAUUCAUUGGUUUUGGAAUGUGGCGGGAUAAAGAGGAACACAAAUCCAUGAAAAACCGGAUCAAAUAAUCUGUUGGGAUUUGUUUCCCCAAACCUCAUUCAAAUGCAUGUGGAAACUCAUUUUGAAAUGGUGUUGCUCAAGCACAACUUUGUCAAGCCUACUACUGUAAUUGAAAUGCAAACUAUAUGCUCACUGGCUACAGCAACUGCACAAUCAAUAUCCAGAAUAAGAACCAGAUUUUAAUGCGUUUCUCUUUUCAGUACUACCUGUACCUAUUUUUUGUUUUAUUUUUCAUUGUUCAAAGGGAAAUUUAAUACAUGGUACUUUUGGUACUGUGAAUAAUUUAUAGUGAUUAAAUGAAUAAAUUGUAGUGUAUAUAGUAUUCAAAUGUACAUUCAUUGUUUAUUUUUUGUGGUGGUGCCAAUUUGAAUAAUUUACAGUUAACGGUGGGUUGAAAAUUAAUUCUCCAUUUUACUUUUUUCAUUAAUUAUAUUAAAAUAUUGUAAUGUUCUUUAUUUCUUCUAUUCAUCCAUCUGUUAUGCCUACAAUGUAGCCGGCCUAAGCACUACUCACCAUGAUGCCUGUUAUUAUUUUAAUGUACUAUUUACUGCUGUAUAGAUAUUAUGAUAUAUGUUCAUAAUCAUGAACUAACAUACCAUGUUAGUUUUGCUGGUAAUUCUUGAUCAUGUGUUGAAUUGCGUAUUAUUAUGAUUACAUUUUUUUAAUUCGGUUUACUGUAGUUUUAUUUCUAGUCUAGUAUGGUGUGAAAAGAUUAUUUUACUUUGUUGAAUUUUGAAGAAACUGUUAUUUGUAAUCCAUCCAGCCAUAUUUUAUACUAUUUUUCCUCAUAAGGUGUUAGGACAAAAAUAGGGUACACCUAGAUUCCCAUUCACACAUUUGGGCAAUUUAGAGUACUCAAUUGGACCAUCAUUUCUUUUUGGUCAUGUUAAUUUAUCAAACUGUAACAGCUAUUUUUAUUUAAAUAAUCUUUAUUGAAUGUCGUAUUAUUUUGUACAUUAUAAAUAUAUAUUCACAUAAAUGGCCACGCUGUAAUAUUUAAUGUUAGUUGUAUUUCACUUGCAUAUCAAGCAAAAAACAAAGACAAGCAGUAAAAUCCAAGAAAAAAGAAUUUAUUGUAAGGCACAAUAGAGUUUAAAUAAUAAAACGCACCCCCCAAAAAGCAAUCAUGCUGCAGAUGGAAAAACUGCAACAACCACAAAUGCAACAAAAGUUCAAUAAAUCCAUGUGUGACAGGAUUUCAUACGUAAAUAAGUCUACAAUACAGUUCCCGUUGGGCUCUUCUAUGCUUUUAUUGGCUGCGAUUAGAUAGAGCGUCCUGCAAAUUGAGCCAUGCUGGGGGCUAUAUAUGGAGAAUGUGGCGAGGUUCGCAGUCUCCACUUAGGUCUAUAAAAUUACCCUAUGAGCUCAUCUGCUCAGUUGGGGAGGCGAAAAUUAGAGGGCUGCUAACGUCAAACAGAAGCUUGUGCGUGGCCAGCAUCCACCCAGUCAUCAAGAAACCCGCUAGUAACCGUAGCCCUGAUGAUAACCGUCCUGAUAGCCGUGCUGGUGGUAGCCGUAUCCGCCGUACUCAUCCUCGGGGCAACGCAUUCCCAGCGAUUGCUGGAUGGCCAUUUCCUGCCGGCGCAGCUGCAUGGAGUCCACCAGGUCGUAGAUGAUCGCCAUGGACCACAUGGGCGAGGGGUACCAGGACUUGACGUUGCCGUCCUUACCCACCAGAAGCAUGGAAAAGUAUUCCGGGCUGAUCUGGAAGUAAUUCCUCAUGUCCUUGACCAAGGUGGCCGACAGGCCUUCGCGCUCUACUGUAGCGCUCCCUGGAAGAGG